AUGUCAACGAAAAUAAUAUUUGAUGUAUUUAUAUCAGAUCCUAUUUCAGUUGAUAAAAAGAUAUAUAGGUCAUGGUUAGAUGGAUAUUCAGAGAAAGAGACAUUAGCAAUAUUAAGAGAUGAUUAUGUUAGCAAGAAUAAUAAUCAACAAAUCACCCAAAUCUAUAGGACUCAACUAUUGGAGGAAACAGAAGAUCAAUAUAGAAAUUUUUCAUUACUUCAAAAAGCAUUGGAACAUCCUAAAACCUUAUCAUCACAUUCAAUGUUUCAAAUGGAUCCUUCUUCAAGAGCAUUAUUAAUUGAAGGAUUCUAUGACUUUAAAGAUACAUUAUUACGUGAAUUAAUUGGUAGAAAAUUAACAAGUGGUCAAAGAAGAGAUUUAGAUGACUUGAGUGAGAAAUUAAAACUUAGAUUAUCAUCUUGUGAAAGACAAUUUGAUAAUUUAAAAAGAAUAUCAAGAGUUGUAUUUGCAGAUUUAAAAACAUCAGCAUUAGAAAUUAUAAUGAAUGAAUUUUCAUUGUCAAGAGAAUUAUCAAAAAAAUAUGUUAAAUUAUUAUUUUUAUGUUUUCAUAGAAUUGAUUUAUCAAAAAAGAAAAUACAAUUUUUAAAUACAUUUGAUUUAAUGAGAUUAUCAGAGAUUGUAAUGAGUCAAUGGGGUGAUCCAUUGGUUGCAUAUACAUUGGAAUUAGAUACUAAAUUAAAAGAAGAUGUUAGAGAUUUAAAAACUUAUUUAGGUAGUCAAAAAGAUAUUUCUGAAAAGUAUUGGAAAUUAAUUAAAAGUAGAUAUCAAACUGUAUCAAUAUCACCAAGAAUUACACCAGUACCUAUUACUCCAACAAAUACUCCAACAAUUUUAAAUUUACAACAACCACUGUCACAGCAAACUCUGCAACAGCAACAACUACCGUCACAGCAAACACAACAACAAGCACAAACACAAACACAACCACAACAACAACAACAAACUACAUCAACAAAUACAGGUUCAACAUCACUUAAUAAUUCAACAUCAAAUACACCAGCAUUAAAUUCAACAAUGAAUACAUCUUCAAGUUUUAUACCGAUAAUGUAUCAACAACCACAACAACAACCACAACAGCAACAGCAACAACAACAACAACCACAACAAUCAAAUACAUCAACAAAUACAAAUAAUACACCAAAUAUAACAUCAACUGUUAAUAGUGGUUUAAUACCAAUUACAGCUACUAUGAAUAGUAUUUUAACACAAGAGAAAUUAAAGAAUUUAGAAUUAAAAUUUAGGUCAAUAUUAAAAGGAAUUUUAGUUAUUGGUUCAAAUCUUUCAGAUAGUAAAGAGUUUAGAAAUUUAUUUGAAGAUAUCGUUGAAAAAGUAAUUGAACCAUUGAAAAGAAUGGAAAUGGUAAUGGAUGAAGUUAAUCCUUUCUUUUAUUUCUUAAUUGAAUUAUUUUCACCAGAACAAUUAGGUAUUCAUUCAUUAAGACAUCGUGAUCGUGUUGUUCAUAAUUGGAAAUCAUUUUUAGAGGGUAUUCGUCGUGUAGUAAUUUAUUUAUAUCCAUCCUUUUUAAAUUAA